AUGCAGCGUGAACCUCCGAAGAAGAAGCAAGAGAAGAAGUCGGAAAAGCGGCUCUUUGACCCCGCAUCCUUCGGGAAGGACCUGCUGGCAGGCGGGGUCGCAGCGGCUGUGUCCAAGACCGCGGUGGCCCCCAUCGAGCGGGUGAAGCUGCUGCUGCAGGUGCAGGCGUCUUCCAAGCAGAUCAGUGCUGAGGCGCAGUACAAAGGCAUGGUGGACUGCCUGGUGCGGAUUCCCCGAGAGCAAGGUUUCUUCAGUUUUUGGCGUGGCAAUUUGGCCAAUGUUAUCCGAUAUUUUCCAACACAAGCUCUUAAUUUUGCAUUUAAGGACAAAUACAAACAACUUUUCAUGUCUGGAGUUAAUAAAGAAAAGCAGUUCUGGAGGUGGUUUUUGGCAAACCUGGCUUCUGGUGGAGCUGCUGGAGCAACAUCCUUAUGUGUAGUUUAUCCGCUAGACUUUGCCCGAACCCGAUUAGGUGCUGAUAUUGGAAAAGGUCCUGAAGAGCGACAAUUCAAGGGUUUAGGUGACUGUAUUAUAAAAAUAGCAAAAUCAGACGGAAUUGUUGGUUUGUACCAAGGGUUUGGUGUUUCAGUUCAGGGUAUCAUUGUGUACCGAGCCUCCUAUUUUGGAGCAUAUGACACAGUUAAGGGCUUAUUACCAAAACCAAAGGAAACCCCAUUUCUUGUCUCCUUUUUCAUUGCUCAAGUUGUGACCACAUGUUCUGGAAUUCUUUCUUAUCCCUUUGACACAGUUAGAAGACGCAUGAUGAUGCAGAGUGGUGAGGCGGAACGGCAAUAUAAAGGAACUUUAGACUGCUUUGUGAAGAUAUACCAACAUGAGGGAAUCAGUGCAUUUUUUCGUGGUGCCUUCUCCAAUAUCCUUCGUGGUACAGGGGGUGCUUUGGUGUUGGUACUAUAUGAUAAAAUUAAAGAAUUCCUUAAUAUUGAUAUUGGAGGUAGUUCAUCAGGAGAUUAAGAAACACAUGUAUUUAACUUGUUAAACAUACAAAUUAUAUAGCUGCCAUUUGUGUACGAUUUGAUAGAGUGUUAUUACUGUCAGUAUUUUUUAGAAUGCUAAUUCUACAAUAAAGCAUAUGCUUUUUCAAGGAUUUUAGAUACUAAAAAUCAGAUAAAUGUGGGUUUCCUUCCUACUUAGACUCAAACCUUAAUGAGACAUUUGACUUUAAGUAGUAUGUGUUAUUUCUAUUAGUUUAAAAUCCUUUU